GUCUGUUUGAUAGGGGAAAAAUAUUUUCCGGAAUUGAUUUUCCCUCUUUUUCAGUGUUUGAUUGGAGGAAAAUAUUUUUCUUUUGGAAAAUCAACUACAAAACACGGGAAAAUGCCUUACAAUUUUUGGGAAAUUGUCUUACCGAUUCAAUCUCCGUAAGACAUUUUACUAAACCUGUCAGGCAUUCUUCUCCCUUCAUCCAAACUGGAAACCGCUGUUGUCCACCUUCAUUCUUUGAGCAUUACUUCAGAAAAGAACUUCCUCUUUUGUACAAAUAUCUCCAGGAAGCUCCUGCUGAAAAGGUUUGUUGGAAAGAUGUAAUUCAUUGGAUGUGGCCACUUUUUAGUGAUAAUUGGGAAUCUUGGAGAAGUGAGGAUUUGAAUCUGAGUCCUUAUCCUUUUACAGUUAGUACUUCUCUUUUGGAGCUCAAUCACGUAUUCAUGAUUCAUGAAUGCUUCAAGCCAUUUUCAUGCAUAUGUAAAGUUUACUGCUGCCAAAAGAAUUGUUUGCAGAGGAGACCAAAGUCCAGAAACUCUUUUUCUUUUGUGCUUCCACAACUGAUUUCUCCAUUACCUCAACUUUCAGCUUCAAAGCUUGAGCUACUGUCUCUUUCUGUCAUUGAUUGUCUGCAGGGAAAGAAAAAGUCAAGAUCAAGGAUGGUUUUGCUAAGGGGAAAGACCUGAUUGUGUCUGUUAUGUCUACAAUGGGGGAAGAGUAGAUCUGGGCUCUCAAAGACAUUGGUCCUAAGUAGUUUCAAAUUCAUUUAUUGCAAAUCUUAGAUGGAACCAUAAAAGACUUUGGCAGUACUAAAUGCGGUUUUGAUGUUUUGUUUUGGGUUUGGAUAGAAAAAAGAGAACAACAAUAUAACUAGUUUCUUAUUGUGCUAUGGAUUACUAUUUUGCUUUUCUUUUUCAAUAAUUUUUAUUAUCUCGUCUUUA